UGGCUCGCAGCUGGGCCAAGCCGCGGUUUCACGCCCGCGCCCCCAGCUCCAUCUCAACGAAGGCGGCUCAUGGCGCUGUGCCAGGUGCUGCUAGUGGCAGCGUUGGGGCCACUCCUCUGCCAUUCCAUUAGCAGAAAUGUAGACAGCCACACUGCAUUGGCGAGCACCGGCUUGAAGUCCUCUCAUUCAGUGGUCUUGAAAAGGGCGAACCGCACCCAUCAUCUUCGCUCUCACGCCCUGAACGGCAUGGAUGCCCUGAGCUCCGUGGUCCACAAAACGGCGUACUAUGGCAACAUCCACAUUGGCCAUCCCGCGCAGACAGCCACCGUGGUCUUUGACACAGGCAGCGGCAACCUGAUGGUGCCCUCCAUCCUCUGCGGGGACUCAGCCUGCACGAGGCACAAGCGCUUUGAUGCUUCAAAAUCGUCUACAGCAGUGAACUUGCAAUCCGAUGGCAAGGAGGCGUUUGGCGAUGAGCAGCGAGAUGAGCUCACCGUCACCUUCGGCACUGGCGAGAUCACCGGAGUCUUCCUCAAGGACGACGUGUGCAUCGGGAACUUGUGCGCGAAGAUGGAGUUCAUCGGCGCGAGCCACGAGACGGCGGAGCCCUUUGGGUCCUUCGACUUUGACGGGGUCUUGGGCCUGGCGCUGUCGGGCAUGACCCAGGGGCCCACCUUCAGCAUCAUGGACAUGAUGGAGGCGGCGGGCAACUUGAGGCAUCCCAUCUUCUCGGUCUUCCUCUCGGAUUCCGAGAGGGAGGAUUCCGAGAUCACCUUUGGCGAUGUCAAGCAGGACCGCAUGGUGGGAGACAUGUUCUGGGUGCCGGUGUCUCGAGACACAGGCUAUUGGCAGGUUCAAAUGGAGGACAUCGCCAUCUCCAACCAGCGCCAGCAUAUCUGCUCAGAUUGCCAGGUGGCAGUGGACACUGGGACCUCCAUGCUCGCUGGUCCCAGCCGGGUCAUCAAUGAGCUCACCAGGCGCCUGCAGGUGGCCGGCGACUGCUCCAACUACGACGAGCUGCCGGACCUGGGUUUCGUGGUGGCCGGCCAUGUGAUGAACCUCAAGCCCUCGGACUAUGUGGACAAGUCCGGGGGCUCCUGCUCGCCCUCUUUGAUGAGUCUGGAUGUGCCGCCCCCCAACGGCCCGCUCUUCAUUUUUGGCGACCCGUUCCUGCGGAAGUUUUACUCGGCCUACGACCGCCAGAAUCGCCGGGUGGGCUUCGCCAUCGCGCGCCACGAGGGGGUGCCGGACGAGAAAGCGCAGGCUCUGCUGGUCUCGCUGGGUGGCAAGGUCCGCAAGGCCGGCUUUCUCGCCAAAUGAGGGCCUGGGCAAUGUGCGACAGGAUGCA